AAGUACAAAGCGUGUAGCUAGCUAUAGGUAAACAAGGUAGUAUUUGGUUGCAGGAUGUCGUCAUGGGUGGUGGAUAUGGAGAAGAAGGUCCAGGGCGCUGAGCCGCCGGCGAAGGUGGAGAAAUGGCGGAAACACUGCAUCUUCCGCGUCCCGUUGCGCUUCAAGGUGAUCGAUGGCAGGGUGAGCAGCGUAUACAAACCGCAGACAGUAUCUUUGGGCCCAUUCCACCACGACGACAAGGAGCUGAAACCCAUAGAGGAGCACAAGCUGAGGGCCGUACAUCACCUCCUCCAACGGGACAGCUGCAAGACCACCCUUUCCGAGCUCGUCGCCACCAUGGAGAAGGUGGGUGAGGAGCUUGAGGAUGCCUACAUGGAACUGGGUGAUGAGUGGCGGGGCGAGGAGAACAGGGGCAAGUUCCUGGAGAUGAUGAUCAUCGACGGUUGCUUCCUACUGGAGGUGAUGAGGACGGCCAUAGGUGGGAAGAACACCAUUCCCAAGGACUACGAGCAGGGUGACCCUGUCUUCAGCUGGCAUGGCAUCCAGCACAUCAAGCCGUUCGUCCAACGCGACAUGCUGCUGGUCGAGAACCAGCUGCCACUCAGGUUGCUCGAGAAAAUCGUCACCGCAGAGAGCGGCAGAUUUCCGAGUGCGUCUUCGACCAAUUCCAUGGUGCUUAAAUUCCUGGAAGGCAAAGAUAAACCCGAAGGGUCCGAUGAGUUGGGACUCCACCCGCUCGACAUAUACCGAAGGAGCCAGCUCAAGGGCCAUCUGAGGCCUUAUCAGAGGGACAGAGGUGGCGUGGAGAACACCAUACCGACAGCCAAUGCCGCCAAUGCUCGUCUCGACGGAGUGGUGCCCCGAUCGGCGUGGAAAUUGUGUGAGGCGGGGAUCCGGUUCAUGCCCAGCAAGACAGCCUUCCUCGACGACAUCAACCUGGACAAUGGCAGGCUCUACAUGCCCAAGUUCCAACUCGACGACUCCACCGCCUACAAGUUCCACAACAUGAUGGCGUUCGAGGCGAUGCACGUCAGCACUGAAAAUGACGUGACGGCCUACGCGCUCUUUGUCAAGGACCUCGUGGACUCCGCCCAAGACGUGCGCCUGCUUGUGAAUAAAAGGAUCCUUGAGCAUGACCUCGCCGAUGACGACGAUGCCGUGGUGAAGCUCUUCAACGGCCUCACUAGGGAUGUGUACAAGAACUGGGAGAGUAACUUGUGCCGCGUGCGUGAGGACGUGCAGUACCACUACAUCGGCAACCCCCCACGCAUCCUCAUGUACAAGUGGUGGGUAAACCUCAAGAACAGGUACUUCAAGAGCCCGUGGACGCUCCUUGCCUUCAUCACCGCAAUCUUGCUCGUCGUCGGAGACAUCAUGCAGGCUGUGUUUGCAGUCUUAUCCUAUUAUAAACCUGACAAGGAUAAGCCCAAAAUGCCUUAA